AUGCCCAUAGUGAAUGAUGCAGUGAAGGGUCCAGGGGUUGGUCUGCUCAGUUUCUCCAAAGGGGGGGAAGUGUGCCUUGCCAUGGCUGCCUUCCUGAAGAACAUCAUGGCUGCUGCUUCCCCAGUGGGAAACAUCCCCAUUGUGGGAAGCAAUAGGAACAAAGCCAAGGCCACCAAUUCCAAAUGUCUUGACUAUUCUGAUGUCCUUGAUGAUCCCUUUCAAGCCCCUGGCAACCAAAGCCUGAUCCCACUAGAGAAAGCUGAGGCACAGUUCCUAUUUGUCCUGGGACAAGAUGACCAUGUUGUCAAAAGUGAGCAUUAUGCUACUGAAGUCUGCAAGCUUCUGCAAGCUCAAGGGAAGGAAAAUUUUCAGAUUCUCUCCUACCCUGGAACAGGGCAUUGCAUAGACCCUCCCUUUUUCCCUUUGUACCACAUAGGAAGCCACCCUGUUUUUCACAAGCGGGCAGUCCUGGGUGGGGAGCUCAGGGCUUAUUCUAAAGCUCAGGUUCAUGCUUGGUCACAGAUCCAGGCUUUUUUCAAAAAGUAUUUAACUGUUAACUGUUGCUGCUGGAGAUGA